AUGUCAAUUUCGUUCAAUUUUGACAUUAAUGAAAACGGUAUUUGGAAAAUAACGGUUAUUUUGUCACAGACUUUAACGCAUCUCUAUACCAAACAAAUCGAUUCCCACCUCUAUUAAACUUCUGUCAUACGAAACGUCAUUUAAUGUCAAUUUCGUUCAAUUUUGACAUUAAUGUAUCAUCGAACGCAUCUUAAAGUCCCACUUAUUGGGUGU